UAGAUUAGCUGCUAACCCUUGGUCCGAAAACAGUUUUAGAUCCCAUUAAAAAGACGCCUCCUAGAAUAUAGCGGCAAUACUGUAUGUUUUUUUUCUCCGCCGCUGGCGUUGGAAUUAAUAACCAAAAGCCAUUUACCAACAGAAAGUGCAAACGUUUGCGUGAAGAGGCAGUGUUACACUUUAUUAACGGUACACUGGAUAGACGCGGCUAAUUAGCUAGCAUUAGUUUGCUUCUUUGGAGGCUAGUAAGAUGUCGUACAGGAAAAGUUUUAGACUUCUUUGCGGGUUCGCUGGCGGCUCCGCCGUGUUGGUGUUCGCGGCUGCUGCCGCCGACUCCCGCGGAUACUUCGCGGAGCGGCGCAGGGACCCCGGUCAGCGUCAGCGGUCGAGACUCCCCGUCCUUGAAGCUGCGCAGCCGGCGUGGACACCUGGCACCCACACACCAGCCCCGUCCGGACCCGCCUGGGACUUCAACUGGGACAAGAGGGACCCAUCUGCUCUGACCAAUGGGAAGAAGAAAGAGAGCGUGACGGAAGACCCCAGCUCCGAGCAGGACAACGCUAAGCCAAAAGCCACACGCAACAUCCUCCUCAUCAGACACUCCCAGUACAACCUGAGCGGGAGCAGCGACAAGGAGAGGAUCCUCACGCCAUUAGGUCGCGAGCAGGCCGAGCUGACGGGCCAGAGGCUGGCAGCGCUGGGAUUGAAGUAUGACGUUCUGAUCCACUCCAGCAUGGCCAGAGCCACAGAGACUGCAAACAUUAUCAGCAAGCACCUCCCAGGUCCAGGAGUGGAGCUGGUGAGCUGUGAUUUGCUGAGGGAGGGCGCACCCAUUGAACCAGUCCCACCGGUCACUCACUGGAAGCCUGAUUCUGUGCAGUACCACGAAGAUGGAGCUCGCAUUGAGGCAGCCUUCCGCCGCUACAUCCACCGGGCUGACCCCAAGCAGAAGGAGGACAGCUAUGAGAUCAUCGUGUGUCAUGCCAAUGUCAUCCGCUAUUUUGUCUGCAGGGCUCUGCAGUUUCCUCCUGAGGGCUGGUUACGCAUGGGCUUGAAUAACGGCAGCAUUACCUGGCUCACCAUCCGACCCAGCGGCAGGGUGGCCCUCAGAACUCUGGGAGACGCGGGAUUCAUGCCCCCGGACAAGCUAACGCGGACCUGAUGACCUGAUACACGCCAUGUUUCUUGGACGAAGGGUUAAAGCUCUCUUUUCUCCUUAAGUGUCUUGAAAAUUACUUUUGAUGUUAUUGUUUUGUAACUGGACUACCAUCAUGUAAUCAGAGGCAGGUGUUGUUGUGAUUACUUCGUGCCAUAGAACGCCAGCAGAAGUGAUUAACAGCUGCAUAGCAACUCCUUUUGAAUGUAUCUGAGGAUUUUUACACGUGACAGAUUUUUAAACCAAAAAAAAAAGCAAAAAAGUAUUUGUAUGGCUAUUGUACAUGCUGUUAAGUUCAUGUGGCAUUCUUUUCAAUGAAGUCACUGUUGUAUGGUGCAAUUGUCGUAAAUAAAAUCGUGAAUGCUGCA